CGCUAUACUUGGAAUGACCUAUUGAUUAUCACCCUUGAGGAAGACAUUACAUAUCCUUUCAAGUUAGGUCUACCAGUCUGCAUACAGCUGUGAGGAAUAGAGAUUAAAACAGCAUGCUGUCACGUUCAGGGUUUGUUUUAAUUCUGAUUCUGCUGUAUGUAGAUUUGCGGGCGUAUGGCUUCAGCGAAAGGAAAGCACAUUUGGCAACUUCUAACUUUAUUGGUAGAGUAACAACCAUGCGAGAGGAUACGGCUUAUGUUGGUUAUGGAAAUUAUUGUGGGGCCGGCGGAAGUGGACCCGUAAUGGACCCUAUUGACGGAUGCUGCAAAGAACAUGACGAGUGCUACAUUGUCAUUGAUACAUUGCAGGGAUGCAUGUCAGUUGACACUAAUUUCAUGUUAGUGUUUAACGAGAGAAGACAAGAAUUGAACUGCGGGUUUGAAGUAGAGACUUGUAGAAGAAGGGUAUGCGAAUGUGAUCUCGAUUUGGCACAGUGCCUACAAGAAAACGAUGUUUAUUACGACAGAUCUCUUAUACAACCGAAACGAACAUUAAGGUCGUUGUUAGAGUUUGUUUUUUGACAAAAGUGAAAACAAUAAAUAAAACGCUCAAUGCAGAAAAA